AUGGCUAGCCAUAUUCAAACUGACGACCCCUUUAGCAAAAAUGUGCGCCGUUUACGAGCUGACUAUGAGCAGCGUCGCCUCGCUACCAAUCUUUUCCCCCCUAGCGGUCUACCAGUUCUCGAGCUACAUCUUGAGCGCGGCGACAAGUCUUCCAUGACGUUCUGGUAUGACGACGGCACCAAGCUUGGCCAAUGCGUGCGCAUCUUUGACGUUCCCGGAACUCUAUCUGGCGAUAUCCUCAGGCUCCACCGCAACUUGCCGGCCAUGUCUGGUCACUUUGAGGUCGACGGUGAUGACAUACGCCCACUGAACUGCUGUUUAAAGCAUCCCGAGGCUAUAGCGGACGACUCUGAGGACGUGACCGAGCUCAUUUCCAAGCUUCCUCUUGUCUCUGUCAACCCAGCGAAGCACUUCGUAAAAAAGGCCAAGUACCGAAGCGAGGUCGAGAAUCUAAUCAAAUGCCAAGGCGGCUCUGUACCGGGCCAUCCACUUUCUCUCAACGUGAUCCAACUUCUCGGAACGUCUCCCGACGGGCAACUUGUCUUUGAAAAGCUAUCAUCUAGCGCACGCACACUCCAUAGCUUCUCCUCCUUGGCUGUCUACAAGAGCUGGAUACUACAACUCAUUGACGCCUUGCACUGUCUUCACUCGGUUGGCAUUGUUCAUCGCGACUUGCGCGCCGAUAACCUUCUCUUUUCAAACGACGGCCAGCGCCUGGUUGUUUGCGAUCUCGAGAGCCGCUGGGGAGAGCGCAAGGCGCCCGAGGUCGCCUUCGAGGGGGGCUUGGAGGACUCGGGGUGGAGCCCUUUAUCCGACAUAUUCGAUAUUGGAAACUGCAUCAAAAGUAUGGUCUACGCGAAUGGCCCAAUCACGCACUUUGUCGAAUGGCCUGUACCACCUCCGCUUCAAGCCAUCGUUGAAGCGUGCAUGCGUUCGAGGCCAGAGGAGCGUCCAACUUUGGCCGAGUUACGUGGCAUGGUGGCAAAAAUGCCGACGUAA